UCAGCUCAGAGAGACGAAGAGACGCCGCUCUUCCUCACUUCUCUCUCCCUCCAUCUUCCUCCUCCUCUUCCUCCUCUACCUCUUCAUCUGUGCUGCCUCUCCUCCUCCUCCUCCUCAGACAGACGGACGGACGGAUCUGACUCCUCACCUUCACCGCCUCCACCGUCAUCAUCCUCAGAGAAAGACGACAGGGAGCCCCCUGACCCUCGCCAUGGCAACGGUCAUCAGCACGCGGUUCUCUGAUGAGUAUCAGCUGUACGAAGAGCUGGGGAAGGGAGCAUUUUCAGUGGUGCGGCGCUGUGUGAAGGUUCUGUCGGGUCAGGAGUAUGCUGCCAAGAUCAUCAACACAAAGAAGCUGUCUGCUAGAGAUCACCAGAAGCUGGACCGUGAAGCUCGAAUCUGCCGAUUACUGAAACACCCCAACAUCGUUCGGCUUCAUGACAGCAUUUCAGAGGAGGCCCAUCAUUACCUGAUCUUUGACCUGGUCACAGGUGGAGAGCUGUUUGAAGACAUCGUAGCCAGGGAAUAUUACAGUGAAGCUGACGCCAGCCACUGCAUCCAGCAGAUUUUGGAGGCAGUGCUUCACUGUCAUCAGAUGGGUGUGGUCCAUCGAGAUCUAAAGCCAGAGAACCUGCUGCUGGCCUCCAAGUCUAAAGGAGCAGCGGUGAAACUGGCGGAUUUCGGCCUCGCCAUUGAGGUGGAGGGAGACCAGCAGGCCUGGUUUGGCUUUGCAGGAACUCCAGGUUAUCUGUCUCCAGAGGUUUUGAGGAAGGAUCCAUACGGGAAGGCUGUCGACCUCUGGGCCUGCGGCGUGAUCCUCUACAUCCUGCUGGUCGGGUAUCCUCCGUUCUGGGACGAAGAUCAGCAUCGUCUCUACCAGCAGAUCAAAGCUGGAGCCUACGACUUUCCUUCCCCAGAGUGGGACACGGUGACCCCUGAAGCCAAAGAUCUGAUUAACAAGAUGUUGACCAUCAACCCGGCCAAACGGAUCACAGCGGCCGAGGCACUCAAGCAUCCCUGGAUCUCUCAUCGCUCCACAGUGGCAUCUUGUAUGCAUCGACAAGAGACGGUCGAGUGUUUGAAGAAAUUUAACGCCAGGAGGAAGCUGAAGGGAGCCAUCCUGACCACUAUGUUGGCCACCAGGAACUUCUCCGGAGGAAAGAGUGGAAGCAACAAGAAGGCUGAUGGAGUCAAGGAGUCAUCUGAGAGCACAAACACCACUAUUGAGGAUGAAGACACCAGAGUGAGGAAACAGGACAUUAUUAAAGUCACGGAGCAGCUCAUCGAGGCCAUCAGUAAUGGAGACUUUGAGAGCUACACUAAAAUGUGCGACCCGGCUGUGACGGCGUUCGAGCCAGAAGCUUUGGGGAACCUGGUCGAAGGCUUAGACUUCCACCGCUUUUAUUUUGAAAACCUGUGGUCCAAGAACAGUAAGCCGGUCCACACCACCAUCCUGAAUCCCCACAUCCACCUGGUGGGCGACGAGGCCGCCUGCAUCGCCUACAUCAGAGUCACGCAGUACAUCGACUCCAAUGGUACGCCUCGCACUGCCCAAUCAGAGGAGACCAGGGUGUGGCACCGCCGUGACGGGAAGUGGCAGAUCGUUCACUUCCACCGCUCAGGAUCGCCCUCCACUCUCAGCAAGUAA